UCUCUAUCAGUGUUUCAGUCUAUCAGACUGUGAACCUGUCCAUCAGUUAAACGUCACUCAAAGCACAGGCAUCUGCUGUGAAUGGAUCAGAAGGAAGUUUGUAGUGAACAAGUAGUGAACGCCCAAAAACUAACAGUAAACACAACCGACGAGAGUUUUGUGCAGUUUUUACAUAAUAUGUGAAAAACUGUGAGACAAGUGUUUUCAACUGUUGUAUAACAAUAUAACACUCUAAGUGCAUGUUUCGGCUAAAGUCAUGCCUCGAAAAAAGCAGGAUAGACCUAAACAUGUCACCAAAUGGGAACAAAGUGGAGGCACUGAUGGUACAGACAGUGCUGUUGAUGGUGUUGUUGGUGCUGAAGGAGCUGAUGGUACUGAGGGCACGGAUGCCACUCAAGGAGCAGAUGCUGAUCCAGACUGUCAAGUCAAACAACUGAGUGAAGAUGACAAUAGCCAUAUCAAUAAUACAACUGAUGAAUGUGCGACUUCGGCACCACUGGACUCAAGUGGUGAUGCUUCUGAUGUUGAGGACAAUGGUGUUGAAGCAAAUGUUGUUUCAAACAAAGAGUCAAAUAAUAAAAAUAAUAAUAAUAUCAAUAAUAAUGAUAAUAACGCCUCUCAUGAAGAUAUAAGAGAUGCGCAAAAAAAUAUUAAUGAAUCGGGAUUCAGACAUAAGAGUUUGACUACCAGUGCUCUCAUUUCACCACAAAUUAAUACAAAGCAUAACAAUACUUCCAAAACUCACCUGAGCUUACAGUCGACUCGUAGUGAAAGUGAUAUUAAACUAAUUGGUAAAUCGUCUUCAAAGGCGAUGCUCUCUAUGGAAGCCAACGAUAUCUCUACUCCACUAGACUUUAGCAUUAAAGCCAACAACAGGUCAUCCAAAGCACUGUUAAAUGGACCGCAAGGUCUGUCUACCAAAGAUAAAAAAAGUAAUGAACUCAUUAACCGAUCCGAUGGUCCUCUUGAUCUGUCAGUCGGUAAAAGACUAUUAUCUCCGACUCUUUCUUCCAAAUCAAACAUUUCAUCAAAGAUUGCACGCUUUGACUCGUCAUCGAGUCCUUGGGGUUAUUCAGUUCCCCGGGUUUUAACACCACCUAAACAAUCACAUAAAGACAACAGUCAUGUCUGGAACGGUAAACUUAAAAAUAACAUUUUGUCUACAAAGAUGUCAUCUCCAUCUUCAUCUCCAUCGUCAUCAACACCAACAAGAAUAUCGAGUGGAAGUCAUGCCGGGCGACAAAAUCCAUGGCAAACACAAUGGAUUAACAGAAGUAGUGAACAAACCAGAGAUGUGUUUACAUGCGUUUGGUGUAAGGAGUCGUUUAGAAGUUUGGCUGAAAUGACUGACCACAUGAAACGGUCACCGAGAUGUGGAAUGGCUGGUAUGCAACACGCGACCGGUGCUCAACAAAAUGCUAAUAUCAGUUCAUCCGGAGCUACACCUUCACAAUCAUCACACCAAUCAUCAUCAUCUUCAAUGCCAAAAGAACCCAUUAGUUCAUCAGUUUUGGCCAAAAACAAUGUCGGACUUCCCCGAAAAUUGGUUCGGGGACAGGAUGUCUGGUUAGGACGUGGAGCUGAACAGACCCGACAAAUACUUAAAUGUAUGUGGUGCGGGCAAUCAUUCAAGACACUGGCGGACAUGACAACCCAUAUGCGAGUUACUCAACACUAUACUAAUAUUAUAAGUCAAGAACAGAUCAUCUCUUGGCGCACACCGGAGGAUAAGCUAACUCAGGCUCAGGUGAAUGCAGUGCUUACCUGUAAGGUCUGUGAUGAGGCUUUUGGUUCGCUCAAAGAAUUAUCAUAUCAUAUGGUGAAGAACUCACACUAUAAGGAACACAUCCUUAGAAGUAUUACCGAAGGAGGACACGGAAGGAGACGGCAAACGAGGGAACGCAGGAAAAAAUCGCUACCCGUCCGGAAGCUAUUGGAGUUAGAGAGACGAGAGAUACCUAAAGAUGAUAAAGAAGAAAGUGAUAGCAGUGCUGCUUCUGGUGGUGUCAAUGGUCAGCUCAUACAAUGUGAUGACUGUCACGAGAAAGUGGAGGCCAAACAUUUCAUAUCUCAUAUCAAGUUAUGCAAAGCACAGGUAAAGCUUGCAAUGCGUUCAUUAAAGUCAGACAACAAAUCUCCAGAAAGAGUGAGAUCUCCCGCAUCCAGUGGCUCACGAUCUGGUCCUCCCAGUCGUGGGCAAACUGUUAGCCCUCUGGUUGAGAUCAAGACGGAAGUUCUUGAAAAUGAAAGUAAAGCCCACUCCGGAUCUGAGGUCAAAGGGGAGUCUGAGACAACCACUGAUGGCAACAACGCUAAUGAAUCUGUCUCUGGCUUUGGUUCUGUUCUCAAUGCCAUUGAAAAACUAAUUGAGAAGAGCUUUGACCCAAAAACACGUAAAACACAUUCAACUGGUAUUUUGCAGAGACUGGGAAUUGAUGAAGAAGUGUGUCCUCCCUGGCAACACAUGCCUCCUAUGUCUUGGAAUAGAAAUUGCAAUGAAUUCUUCAGUGAUGGUCAAACCAGUAGCAGAAGUAGUGGACACCAAUCAAUAUCAAGUCCAUUACCUCAUGAGCUUCUCAAAGAAAACAAUGGCAUGAGUAGUGCCGACUCAUCUAAUUGUGAUUCCGAUAGUUGUAAUAGUUUUACAAACGCCACGACAAUUGCUUUGAAGUCAAGCGGUUCCGCACAAACCUCUUCACCAAAGCUUUCAUUUCCCAUAUCAUCACUUAUUUCCAAUAAUAAUGAAGAUUUGGAAAACAAGACCAAAAAUUUAAGUCCUAAAAGCGACAGACAUUCCUUGCAUUCUCCUAAGUCUAACUCAUCGACACCACAAUCCACAACUCAUGGCACCAAAAGUGAAACCAAACAAUCCGAAGACAAAAUUAGUGAUUUAAGUGACGAAGAAAAAGAUUACAAAUCAUCUAAAAGUCUUGAAGUAAGUAAGAAACGACAUUCUCUAUCAACGAUAGACAUUGAGGUUAAACCAGAAAAGAUUAACCGCUCUUCUGUUGAAAAGGAUGGCAAAACAAGUCCAUUAUCUCUUGUAAGUCCAAGAAAUAAAAGUGAAUUCAAGAAGAAAAGCAGUGAAUGUGAAUCAUUCAAUCCACUGAUGCAACUCCAGAAACUACUCGAUAAGACUGAUUCCGGUAAAAAUAAAGCAAACGCCACGAGUAAUAUCAAUAGCAAUAACAAUAAUACCGGUGUUGGGCUCAGUCUAUCCCCAUCACUGUUAGCUUUUAGUUGGGUAUGUAGUGAUGCCAGUACUUCAGUGACUAAUACAUCCAACUCGAGUUCACCAUUAGAUGAAAAGCACCACAAGAGUGAUCAUCCCAUUAAAUGUCCCUAUUGUGAGGCAUCCUUUACCUCAAAGGGUGCGUUUAGACAUCAUUUCAGUAAAACACAUCUUAAGACUGCCGGCAAAGCGUUUGAUUUAUGCAACACAUCGGUCAAUACAACAGCAAAUAAUAGUAACAAUGAUAACAACAAUACCAACACCGGAGGUAAAGAAGGCCACGGAAGCAGUGGUGGCGGAGCCAGAAGUGAGACCAAUAUUGGUGCCAAUGAGAGCACACACUCCAAGUUCUUGAAGUACACUGAAUUGGCUAAACAGUUGUCCAGUAAAUAUGUCUAA